AUGAUCAACGCCGUCCUCGUCUUCAACAACGCGGGUCAGCCGCGUCUGACCAAAUUCUACACCCAAAUCGACACGCAAACCAAACAAUCCCUCAUCGAACAAAUCUACAAACUCGUCGCCCAACGCCCCGCCAGCGCUUGCAACUUCCUCCCCCUCCCCCCUCUCCUCUCACAAGGCGCGCGCUCCGGCAUCGAGAACGGCCCCUCCGACGCCCCCACGCAAAUCACCUACCGCACCUACGCCACCCUCUCGUUCAUCAUGAUCUCCACGUCCACCGAGUCGCCCCUCGCGCUGAUCGACCUGAUCCAGGUCUUCGUGGAAGCGCUGGACCGCAUGUUCGAGAACGUCUGCGAGCUGGACCUCAUCUUCGGGUACGAGACCAUGCACGCAGUGCUCAGUGAGAUGAUUGUCGGCGGGGUGGUGGUGGAGACGAAUCUGGAGAAGAUCGUGGCUGGGGUGCGCGAGCAGGAAGGCGGCGUGGGGAAGAAGAGGGCGAUUCAAGCGGCUAGUUCGGGGGUUGGGCGCCGGGGGAUGCCCGGUGUGAUGCGCUAUCAAGACGUCUGCUUAAUUGAACCUGUUUCGUCCGAUGCCGGCCACGUGAACGGCAUCCGGUCCAUCUCCCGGGCGUGGAAUACUACGGCACAAGGCCCGUCUCCCGUCUGCCGCGACGGACAACCAUCUAUGAUGCUCUAUCAACUAUACAUCUCUGAAGACCUGGGUACUUAUAAAUAUGGCUUCUCUCAUCGGCAUCAGACGAAAUGCCUUGGAAUCAUCGGCUACGGUAUGACCAGCAACCUCCGCAAAAAGCUACCAUCCACCACAACCCUACACAUCCACGACAUCAACGCCGAGGCCUGCGAGAAACUAGUCGCCGAUCUCCCAGCCGGCAAGCACGUCCGACAGGUCUACCUCGACGCCGAAAACGGGGUGAUCGCAGCGUCGAAAGACCCCGAACGACUCAUCAUCGAAUGCAGCACCAUCGAGAUCGAAUCCACGAUGGAGAUCGGCAAAACCAUCAUCGACGCCGGUCUGGGCACGUUCGUCGACGCCACCGUCUAG